UAGGACGGACCGCUUCCUGUGGAUACUUCCGGGUUCAUCAGCAGCAGCAGUCAGCAGUCAGCGUGCUUAGGUUCCUAACCGCUUUUAACGUGGAUUUAACGUGAGCCACGCAGCAGCCCGCCGAAGGACCGCAGCCAUGAACGCCGUCUUUCGGAAGGUGGGCGUCACGCGCCAGGCCUUCAGGUGGCACCAGGCGCUCGCACCGUGCCGGGCCACGCCGUCACUCCAGCAUCCUGCUCGGGCUUCUGUGAACGAAAGGCAGUACAGAUCGAUGCCAACGCACGGGAUUGGGCGGUGGAGGCACCUUUUACCGAAGGAAGCGCCAAAGAAGAAGAAAGACAAGCUCCAGAUGAAGGAGAUCCUGGCCGAGACGGACACGGCGUACGGGAGCCUCAACGUGACGGUGUCGGGUCACGACAUGACGCUGGUGGAGCACUACUCGCAGUACAUCCACAACCUCUGCCACCGGCUCGGCAUCAAAGUGGCCGAUAGUUAUAUUCUGCCAACCAAGACCACGGAGGUGAUGCUGAUGCAGGAGCAGGGCACCAAGAUGUACGUCGACGCCGUCCUGAAGACCCACGAGCGCGUCGUCCAGCUGAGCAGCCUGGACGCCACGGCGUGCCCCGUCCUCAUCGACGUGCUGCUGCAGAAUCAACCGGAGGGCGUCGAGCUCUCCGUGAGCGAGCACACCGAAGCCCACUUCCAGGCGCGGUUCAAAGGUCGUCCAGAGCUGGAGGGGCUCAUCGCUCAGUUGACUUACUGAGGAUCCCCCUCGUUUAUUUAUUCAUUUCACUGAAUGCCGUUUAAAGGUGACCAUCUGCCCGGAAAGAAGCUGUACACUGCAUGUUUUACAUUGUUUUGUGGCUGUGUGAAAAUAAAACCCUGUUUUUUUUCCAGAUUUAAA